AUGGCCUUCGUCUACAAGGUCGCGUUCGACAAGAUCACGGCGCGCAUCAACAAGCUCUGCUACGGCCUGGACAUGAACCAUGUCGAGCCGAUCGAGAUCACGAAGCGUGUCAUCAACGGCGUCUACCAGGGCGUCACGACCGUCGAGCUCGACAACCUCGCUGCCGAGACCGCCGCUUACAUGACCACCCGCCACCCUGACUACGCCAUCCUCGCCGCCCGCAUCGCCAUCUCGAACUUGCACAAGGAGACGAAGAAGACCUUCUCGCAUGUCAUCUCGGACCUGUACCACUACAUCAACCCGAAGAACGGCCGCCCGUCGAGCAUGAUCUCGGAAGAAACCUACAAGACCAUCAUGGCCAACGCCGACAAGCUCAACAGCGCUGUCAUCUACGACCGCGACUUUUCCUACAACUACUUCGGCUUCAAGACGCUCGAGCGGUCGUACCUGCUCCGCCUCGACGGCAAGGUGGCCGAGCGACCGCAGCACAUGCUCAUGCGUGUCGCGGUCGGCAUCCACGGCGACGACAUUGAGCGCGCGAUCGAGACGUACAACCUCAUGUCGGAGCGGUACUUUACGCACGCCUCGCCGACGCUCUUCAACGCCGGCACGCCGCACCCGCAGCUCUCGUCGUGCUUCCUCGUCACGAUGAAGGACGACUCGAUCGAGGGCAUCUACGACACGCUCAAGACGUGCGCGCUCAUCUCCAAGACGGCCGGCGGCAUCGGUCUCUCGAUCCACAACAUCCGCGCGACCGGCUCGUACAUCGCCGGCACGAACGGCUACUCGAACGGCAUCAUCCCCAUGCUCCGCGUGUACAACAACACCGCGCGCUACGUCGACCAGGGCGGCAACAAGCGCCCGGGCGCGUUCGCCAUCUACCUCGAGCCGUGGCACGCCGACAUCUUCGAGUUCCUCGACCUCCGCAAGAACCACGGCAAGGAGGAGGUCCGCGCGCGCGACUUGUUCUUUGCCCUCUGGAUUCCCGACCUCUUCAUGGAGCGUGUCGAGCAGAACGGCGACUGGCCCCUCUUCUGCCCUGCCGAGGCACCCGGCCUCCACGAGGUCUACGGCGACGAGUUCAAGGAGCUGUUCGAGAAGUAUGAGAAGGAGGGUCGCGCCAAGCGCACCAUUCCCGCCCAGAAGCUCUGGUACGCCAUCCUCGAGGCCCAGGUCGAGACGGGCAACCCCUUCAUGCUCUACAAGGACGCCGCCAACAAAAAGUCGAACCAGAAGAACCUCGGCACGAUCAAGUCGUCGAACUUGUGCACCGAGAUCAUCGAGUACUCUUCGCCUGACGAGUGCGCCGUCUGCAACCUCGCGUCGAUCGCGCUCCCGUCGUUCAUCAAGAACGGCGAGUACGACUUCAAGAAGCUGCACGACGUCGUCAAGGUCGUCACGUACAACUUGAACCGCAUCAUCGACGUCAACUACUACCCCGUCAAGGAGGCCGAGCGCAGCAACUUCCGCCACCGCCCGAUCGGUAUCGGUGUGCAGGGUCUCGCCGACGCCUUCAUGGCCCUCCGUCUGCCGUUCGACUCGCCCGAGGCGCGCCACCUCAACGUCCAGAUCUUCGAGACGAUCUACCACGCCGCGAUCGAGUCGUCGUGCGACAUGGCCCGCGACUACGCCAUCGCCCACCCCGGCGAGCCCGGCUGGUACCCCUCGUACAAGGAGAACGGCGGCUCGCCCGCGAGCCACGGCCUCUUGCAGUACGACCUGUGGAACGUCACGCCGACGGACCUGUGGGACUGGGCCGAGUUGAAGGAGAAGAUUGCGCAGCACGGCAUCCGCAACUCGCUCGUCUGCGCGCCGAUGCCGACCGCGUCGACCAGUCAGAUCCUUGGCUUCAACGAGGCGUUCGAGCCGUACACGUCCAACAUCUACACCCGCCGUGUCCUCGCCGGCGAGUUCCAAGUCGUCAACCCCUGGCUCCUCCGCGACCUCGUCGACCGCGGCCUGUGGAACGACGCGAUGAAGAACACGAUCAUCGCGCACAACGGCUCGAUCCAGAACGUCCCCGGUAUCCCUGAUGAGCUCAAGCGCAUCUACAAGACGGUGUGGGAGAUCUCGCAGAAGGUCGUCAUCGACCUCUCCGCCGACCGCGGAGCGUUCAUCGACCAGUCGCAGUCGCUCAACGUCCACCUCUCGUCGCCGACCAUGGCGCAGCUCACGUCGAUGCACUUCUACGGCUGGAAGAAGGGUCUCAAGACGGGCAUGUACUACCUCCGUACCCGCGCCGCCGUCGGCGCCAUCAAGUUCACCGUCGACCAGGCCACCCUCAACGAGGCAAAGAAGGCGAACGGAACCAAGGCAGCUCCUGUUGCCGCCCCGCCCGUCGCCGCCGCCCGCCCUUCGCCCAUCCGCGACAUCACGAACGGCGUCGCGCGCACCUCGCUCUCGAACGGCGUCCCCUCCAAGCUCUCGUCGACCAGCAGCUCGUCUGCGUAUUCGCCCACUCCCCCUUCACCCGCUGACCCGACUCCUGCGCCCGUCGUCACCGCCGCCGCGCCUCUCGCUGCUGCCGCACCCGUGACGGACGACGGCGAGAUCACGUACGAGGAGGCGAUGCGGAGGAAGGAGCAGCGCGACCUCGAGGAGGCCCAGUUGCUGUGUUCGCUAGAGAACCCUGGCGCCUGUACGAUGUGCUCGGGCUAG